UUUUUGGAGUCCAGUUAUCGAAGCACUUUUGGUUCCAAACGUUUCAACAUAUUACACUGAAGUUUCAGUUUUUACUUCCGGUUUACUUGACGCAACGUUUGUGUACCCAUCCUUGUUUGCAGUUCUUUCCUGUACUUUUCUCCGAACCAAACGAGCUCUUUCAAAGUAUUCUCAUCUGAUGCCACCAAAUACUGACUGAAGGCUAACGCAAUCCUAAACAAGUCAAAGAGUCGAGACGUGGAACAUGAGAUGAAAUCCAGGUGACGACGAACAACUGAAAGACAAGAAAAUGGGAUGUCCCACAGACAUCCCUGUAGAAGAUCUUCAACCUGAGAAGCACGAUCCCCUCCACGUCAAACCGGAGUCGGAGUUGGAGAUGCAGUACAUCAAACAGGAGGCGGAGCCAGAGACCCCCAGCAUUAAAGAAGAAGAACAGGAACACGAAAUCCCCAAGUUUCCAAUGACUGUCAGUGUAAAGAGUGAAAAAAACGAAGUUCCAAGCAAAGAGAGCGGUGUAGUGAAACCUUCGAGCGACAGCUCAUUUCCACACCUGACAGCAAAAGGAGAGGCACGAUCGCAACCUGACUGUUUGUUAGCCCCGCUCUCGGACAGGGACGACGUAACGUCACACUCUUCUGAUUUUAACACAGAUGAUGAGGAUAAAGACUUUGAUGGUUCGAAAUCCUUAAAAAAGUCAUCACUGAAAAGAGACAGAAAAGAACGCGCGGGUGAAGAAAAUGAAGGUCCAAACAAAGAGAGCGGAGCAGCGAAACCUUCGAGUGACAGCUCCUUUCAGCACCUGACAACAAAAGGAGGAGGAGUGUCUCAACCGGACAGCCUCUUAGCUCCGCUUUCGGACAGCGACGAUGUAACGUCCCACUCUUCUGACUUUAACACUGAUGAGGAAGAUAAUGACUUUGACCAAAAUGCUUCAAAAUUCUUAAACGAGUCAUCAAUGAAAGGGGACACAAAAGAAUGCGUGGUUGAGAAACCUUUUCCCUGCUCGUUUUGUGAUCAAAGAUUUUCUUGGAACUCUCAUUUAGAAAAUCAUAAGCGUACACACACUGGAGAAAAGCCUUUUGUCUGCACUUGUUGCGGUAAAAGAUUCGCCGAGAAGGGAAAUUUAAAGAGACACGCAAACACACACACUGGAGAGAAGCCUUUCGCCUGCUCCUUAUGUGAGAAAAGAUUUUAUUUUCAGUCCCAGUUGACCAGACACAUGCAAACACACACUGGGGAGAAGCCUUACGCCUGCUCCCUAUGUGUGGAAAGAUUUGGUCGAAAGUAUCAGUUGACGAGACAUACGCGUACUGCACACACUGAAGAAAAGCCUUUUGUCUGCACACGUUGUGGUAAACGAUUCACCGAGAAGGGAGGAUUGAACAAACACGCAAGCACACACGCUGAAGAGAAGCCUUUUGCCUGCACACUUUGCAAUAAAAGAUUUUCUGAGAAAAUUAAAUUAGAAAUACAUAAGCGCACACACACUGGAGAGAAGCCUUUUACCUGCACACUUUGCGGUAAAAGAUUUUCUCAGAAGGCUAAUUUAGAUUUACAUAAGCGCACACACACUGGAGAGAAGCCUUUCACCUGCACACUUUGCUAUAAAAGAUUUUCUCAGAAGGCUAAUUUAGAAAAGCACCUGAGUACACACACUAGAGACAAGCCUUUCACCUGCACACUUUGCGUUAAAAGAUUUUCUCAGAAGGCUCAUUUAGAAAAGCAUCAGAGUACACACACUGGAGACAAGCCUUUCACCGGCACACUUCGCGAUAAAAGAUUUUCUCAGAAGAUUUAAUUUAGAAAAGCAGAGUCGGAUCGGAUGCCGAUAUGGGCAAAAAAAUGCGCAUCGGUAUCGGAUCGGCCGACACGAAAAAAAUUCCGAUCCAGACUUCCAAUCCAGUUUUUUUAAAAGUCCGGUCCGGGUUUUCCAGUGCUUCAAUUUACAUAAUCCAUUCCAGUUUUUGCUUCGGUUUCCCUAAAAUCCGGUCCGCAUUUUACGGCACACCUUCAACACACUACAUUACCGUCUCCCAAUUUACCGAGAGACUUUAUCGGUAAAAAUGUCAGCUGUGUGGGAUCAUUUCACCUUAAAGGACGACAAAGACGAAGAGGCAGAGCACAACAUAUGCCACAAUAAAGUCAAGCGUGGUGGUAAAGCUGUAAGAAGUUUUAAUUCAACCAACCUGAUCAAGCAUUUAGCGAAAUACCACCACAAACAAUAUAGGGAGUUUGUUAAGGAAACCGAAGACAAAAAGAAAGGUCCUACACAACUAACACUGGCAGAAACUUUUGCUAUGCGUGACAAACUGGCACUCGACAGUCCCAAAGCCCAGGGAAUAACAAGAGUCAUUGCCGAAGAAUUCAUUCUGGAUGACGAGCCAUUAUCUCUCGUGAGUAAAGACGCAGAGCGAUUCAGCCGUGGAAGAUUCGAGAACAAUUCACAAACAUCCAAAUUCCGAUUAUUGAAAUAUGUCAAGUAAAGCGGAACUAAUACACGGCGCGAUGAGAAACGGACCGCAUUGCGUCCCGAGAGUAAACAUCAUGCUUGCCGUAGACCCGGGUAAUGCCAAUGCUCAACUCACGGCUUUAGCUCAACUCAUGCCGCUGGAUAAAAAAACAAGAAUACCUGACUGCUGCUGACAGCUGCUACAAACUACGUCAACAUCGUUUAACUGUAGAUAAUAGAUAUCAUAUGUAUAUAGAACUAGAUGCAAAACGACAGACACGACUGCGUCAGCAACAUUGGGUAAACGGCCGCCAUCUUAAAGCAGGAGACUUCCCUAGUAGGCUGUUGUGAACCUUCCAAGCAAACCUAAUUAACUUUUUAUCUAAAAUACUCCUAAAUCGACAAAAUCUUGACUUGAAUCUGUCUUCAAAACAGUUUUAAAACUUUCACAUGUCGAAAGUAGACAGAAGGGAAAUUAUGGAAUAACGGGAGCAAUUUUGACAACUUUUAACAGUUGAUUCGCAAAAUUAAAUGAAUUGAAUGUACGGUAGUUUAAAGCUGCUGAUACAGAAUGGGGACUUGAAUAUUUUAUUUGCUGUUUUAAAAUUUUAACUUGAUACCAGAGGUUGCGCUAGACUUUUUCGUUGUCUGUCAUUUUGACUGACAGGGUCAUAAAAAUCUGGUCAUAAUCUAUUUUUACCCGUCACUUAAAUUUUUAAAAUGAAUAUAUCUUGAUGCAGUCACUAUAUGUAUAUACACAACAAUACAAUAAUACUUUAUAAUAUAAAGUAACUAACAUUAGUGCAGUCAUGGAUUACAGUAAGCAGGCCAGUACUGUGUUUCCAUAUAUGUUUUUAUUGUAUUAUGUAUAUACAGGAUAUAUAUAUAUUUAUUUACAUAUAUUUUUUGUUUUUCCCCCAAGUGGGACCAUGAUCCUAAUACAUUUAAGAAUAAUAAAAUAUUAUAUAAUUCCAUUUUAUAUAUAUACUGUAUAUAUAUUUUUAAUGUAUUAUUAUUAUUAUUAAAUAAAAAUGCACGUUGAUACGACGCACAUAAAGGCAACUUCUUUUUUUUAAAAAUCGUUAGAAAGUUGUAUGGACUUACAAUCCGCUAGCUUGUUGUUUCCUGUUGUCUUCCGAAAUACACCUGGGUGACGGCGCGUCAAGUGUUCGUUCAUAGCCGACGUGCUCCCGUGGUAUGCGAGCUUAGCUUAGCAAAAAGAGUUGACACAGUGGUGGCACCCUCCAUAUUUUCCUUGAAAUAAUUUCAGACUCUGGCUAGUCUGGUCCGCUUUUUUGGCUUUAUGCCGCUUUCACCGUGUUACCAUUUCUGCCCUUCCUGGUAAUUGGCGGUGUUUUCAACUGCUCGCCGCAGUGAGGGGUGAACCGGCGAUACACUUGAUUCGUUGUCAUCCUCCACUGCAUCAGUCCCUCUUUUUUCACCUCUUUUAUCAACACCAUCGUUGUUUUGGGGCUUUUUGAAGAAACUUCGGACACUCGGUUGUCUUGACAUUUUUCCGAGUAAGGCCAACGACGUCACGCAUCAAGAGAGACAAUAGCUAAUUAAUAUGCUCACUCGCCACCCUGUGGUCUGGGGUGUGAAUUGCAACCUGUCAAAAUGACGGAUGGACUUCAGUUUUUUCUGUCACCGUUUUAAAAAACCGGUCAACGACGGAAAAUAUUCGGUUAACGCGACCCCUGCUUGAUACUGAAAUAGACAUUUAUUUAAACCUGAGAGACUUUUUAUACAAUGAUUGUAACUAAUGCACGAAACAUUAAAAGCAUCUAAUAGCUUGGGGGGGUUUGUGGGAUUUUCCACUGAGGUUGUUUGUGCGUUUUGCUUUUUUAAGACAGUAAAACGUGCAAAUAAUAUUGUAAACUGACUGACUAUGCCAUUUCUAUUUGUUAUUUAUAAUGUUUUGUGUUUGUCACUGAAUAAACAGGUCAGUUUCUUGUUA